CUCGGUUGCUUCCGCCCCCGCUGCUUCGAGAGGCAGACGCACCCAUCGCGAGGAGCUCCCGGGCCCAUUCCCUCUGGCACUCCUUCUUGCAAGCUCUGGCCACCCUGCCGCUGUGCCGGCGGGGCUCCCGCGGUCGCGGCGGGCCGCGCGAUGUGGGCCGCCGCCGCGGCGAGCUGCCCCGCUCCGCCGCUGGCGCCGCGGCAGCCGCUGCAGCUGGGGAGCGCGCGGCCUCGGGGACGUCGGCGCGUGGGUCUCGGAGGAGAAGGUCCUGCCGAGCACGGCCAUGGCGCGGCUCCCUGGGUGGCUGCCGUGGCCACCGCAACGGCGGGGGCGGGACUGCGGAGAGGCGACUGCGGCGGCGCCCUGGCAGGCUUCUCCAGGCGACGAGGAGCCCAGAGCGUCCGGAGCGUCGCGAUGUUAGCUGACUCGGGCGGUCCUUCCACGAUGCGCGCGUUGACCAAGAUCCGCCUGCGCGAGAAGCCCGAUGUCGGCUCGGCGCCAACUGGAGAUGCUUUGGAGGCCGGCGAAACUUUCCAGGCCUUGGAGGUGCUCCAGUCUGAGGCGACGGGCGGAAUGUGCUACCUGAGGGUCAAUGGGAAGUGCGGCUGGGCGUUCGCCACGGGUGUCUCUGGCAGCUGGGCGGGCAAGCCCAUUUGCGAGCUGGUGCCCGAGGACCAGGUGCAGAAAUCGGUCGAGGACCUCAACAGGGAGAGGGCCGAGGAGGCCGCGAGGAAGGCGGCGGAGGAGGAGAAGCGGAGGGACGAGGCGGAGGAGAGGGCCGCGGCCCAGGCGGAGCAGGACAGGGCGCCCGUGGAGCCGACGGAGAUGAGCGUGCUGCGGCUGCUGUCUUUUGCCCGCGGCCGGACAGACGUGGUAAAGGUUCAUCCUGGGCUGUCGGUCAAGGGGGCUCAGUUGAUCGUCUCGCUGCCCAUCAGCGCAGAUACGCCGCUGAUCGGCGUGAUGCCCGGCUUUGUUCUCAGUGACGAGCUGCCAGCGGAAGGCCCCGGCGGCGCUGAGGGCGCAGACACCGCGGAGGAGUUCCAGGGGCUCAUGAAAUCCGCCGCGGGUUCGCCGGUGGACUCGCCAGAGCUGCGGCUGGGGCUGCAGCUGAUGCGGGAGAAGGCUCUUGGCAUGGGUUCAUGGUGGGAGCCCUACGUGGCGAGCCUCCCCCCGCGCGCCGCGCCGCCGCUGGCCUGGGGGGACAGGGAGCUGGCUGAGCUGCAGUACGCGCCCGCGAGGCAGGCCGUGAGCGAGGAGGUCGAGCGGCUGCGCUCCUUCGCCGACGCCUGCCUGAAGCCAGAGAGCCUGGGCGGCCUCCCCGGCGACGCGCUGACGGAGCUCCGGUGGGCGGUCGCGGCGGCCCGCCAGCGGGCCGUCCCCCUGGGCGGCGGCCGCUCCGGGCUCGUGCCGCUGGUGGACCUCGUGGGGCCCCCCGGGGCGGGCGACGAAGGCCCCAGCUGCAGGCUGGUGCCAGAGGGGCCUGUGCAGGUGCUGUAUGCCGCCCGCAGCCUCCGGCCCGGGGACGUGCUCACCAGGGACCUGGGCCUUGACGGCGAGGAGUACCUCUGGCAACGCGGCUUGCCGCCCCCGCAGCUGGCCGCGGACGAGCCGCUGCAGGUGUGGGGCCUGGUCGCAGAGGGCGCCGCGCUGUGGCAGCUGAAGGCCAUCACCGCCGCGGUGCCCACGCGGCCUGGGCGGCUGGCGGGCGACGUGCUCGUGAGGGGCGAGGUGCGGAGGGGCGAGCACGUGGAGGAGAUGAUCAGCGAGUCGCUGUUCCACGCCGCCAGGGCGCUGUCGUGCAGGACGGAGGAGGAGCUGGAUGUGUACGUGGGGGAGCCACAGGACGUGCCGGUGGUGGCGGGCGACUCUCGCGGCUUGGCUGGUCUCUUCGGGGAUCGGCGCGCCGCUUGCGUCGACAGGCUGGUCGACCUACUGAGGGGCGCCAACGAGUUCCCCACGACGCUGCAGGAGGACGAGAAGCAGCUCCCCGAUCUGCAGGGCUGGAAGCGGGCCGCCGUCACCUUCCGCAUGGAGAAGAAGAGGGUGCUUCAGGAGGUGGUGCAGAAGCUCGCGGAGGCCAGGGAGGACCCGGAAGGCGGCGGCGGUGGCGCCCUGCCCUUCGCAGUCACUGGCACGGCGUGAGCUCAUGCACACCUCCCUCACCCGACCUUUUUGGUUCAUCUUGGGGUGGGGGUCAGGUCUUCUCCGACCAGGGACCCCCAAGGCGUCCUCCUAACCCCACCUCCCGCUCUCCUCCCCCCCCCCUUCCCUCUCGCUGCUCCCCAAAUUGCCAUGGUUGCCAGGGCGGUUUCUUGAAGGCCACAGAGACAGCAGACGAGGAUAGACGUUGCGUUCCUUCAGCGGCGCUGGCAGCGACACAAGCAAAA